CUCCUCCAGGAGAAAGUGGAGGGACCAUGCCCUUGGGUAACAAAACACCCCCAGUGGCCGGGCCACAGAACCCCAGCCCAUUAGCUGUGAGUGAGCAGGAGCAACACAGGCAACAGCCGAAGCCCAUGAGCUGGGGUAACACACCCACUACACCACCAGUCCCCACACUGAGCUCUGUUCAGCUUGACUUCCCUGGGUCCCCCAUUUACAUGGAUGGGGCUGCUUUGUGGGGUGGGCUGAGGACCUCUCCAMCAGUGCCACCAUCCCAYAGCYCAUCAAACAAYRUGGGCCAAGAGCUUAAGCUYCCAAGAUGGUCGAGCGUCUCAGUGCCAAUGCASAAASCUGUUAAUGAAUCARCCACACCUKCUAGAAAAGAGGACACUAGAGUUUGGGACUUUAAUGCACCUCUGGUAAUGUCCCCAACUGUUAGUUCAUCAGAGAAAGCUGGGAGUGGGCGUGAGCAGCAGAAACAGUGGUCMCCAGCUCUACUCAGUACAUCCUCRUCAGCUCAGAUGYGCCACAGCUCUGUCAUGUCAAUUUCAAGCCCUCCAUCUCAUGGGAUUGGAGGUAGUCCAUGGGAUUUCAAAGGAUCCCCCUCAAACAAAUCAGGCCUUAGCCAGGAGUUAGAGCAGCAGCAGCAAAAACAUCUAUCCUCCAGCUGGACCAAUGUACCCACAUCCACCCAGAAUGUUCCCAUCUCCAUUCAAUAUGACCCACAACGUUUCACUCACGGGGUGGGACCCACUGUGUGGGGUUUCCAAACCACUCCAGCUGGCCCGCAGCAGCAGCCAAUGGUAACAGGCACUCAAAUCAUCAUAAAUCAGACCUCUCCUUUCUUCUCUCCUCUCCCUCCGCUCCCUCCACUUAGUUUGCCUGGCUCACACCCUCUUCACUCUGUAGCAGUCGGCUCUCUACCAAGGCCUCCACACCCAAACAUUUUCUUCACGCCACAGGCGGUCAUGAGUGAGAGGCCACACAUGACACAGACCCUGUCGCUACCUCAGCUAGCCCCACGGCCUGUUCCUCACAAACUGGGCCGUUUGCCUUAUGCCCCAGACCGCCUUCUCCAGUGCAUGAUCUGUGGGUGCUCUCUACCCCGGGAGUUAGACUUGCAAAUGCACUACAUGCAGCAUGCACAGGGAGAGAUUUGACACUGGCAAAGAGUGCAUCUACCACUCUGUUU